GGAAAGCCUUGCCACAUUCAAAAGUCAAUUCACAAGCCGGCAACAUCCGAGUUGAUGGCGGAGAGAGCCCCGCAGUCCGAGCCGAUCGGCGAGAGGAAGCCGCUUCUGUCCAAUGCUAAUGCAUCUGCACGAAGCGAACCUACCGGAUCCCUGCUUCGAGCCCCCAUACCGCCACCCAUCACGGUUGCCCGUGUGAGCGACGUGCCUGGAUCGUCAUUGUCCUUCCGCACGCGUGAGGAACCUUCUGCAUCGUCCAGCGUGGGUUCCACAUCUCCCAAAGAAGAAGCCCCGCGUCAAUUCAUGAUUCUCGGCGACUACGGCGGCAACUUGCAGUCCGAGUUGUCCGAGGACUCGUUGUUCUUACCCGACUCGUCCAAGCUUAACGACCACGAAAAGAAACGCAAGGCGCAGCACAUGGAAUCGUUCGACUACGAUUUCUUUGAAUCCCGUGUCAACCAACAGCACGAACAUGAGCAAACGGAAGAAGAGAUCCACAUGCUCAACUUGGGUCGAUGGGUCAUGACGUUUUUCAUCGGGUUGGGCACGGCGGGAGUCGCGUGCUUUAUCGAAAAGUUCACCGAACUGUUUUCGUCCAUCCGCCUAGAAACCAUGGAGCGCAUGUUGGUGAAGGAACAAACGGGCCAUUCCAACUUUGGCUCGGCCUACUUGGUGUACGCCGGCAUUAGCUUGGGGUACGUUGCGAUUGCCUCGUACUGCGUGGCCAUUCUUUGUCCUGUCGCGGGUGGCUCUGGCAUCUCUGAGAUCAAAGCCACGUUGAACGGCAUCAAAAUCCACCGCAUCGUCCGGUUGAAGACUCUCUUUUGCAAAGCGCUGGGCGUGCUGUUCAGUGUCUCGGGGGGUCUUCCCGUGGGCAAGGAAGGGCCUAUGAUCCACAGCGGCGCGAUCAUCGGGGCAGGUCUCUCGCAAGGGAAAUCCUCGUCGUUUGGCCUCGACACGUCAUGGACCAAGUUUAAAGGUUUCCGCAACGACAAGGAAAAGCGCGACUUUAUCAGCAGCGGCGCGGCCGCGGGCGUCGGCGCCGCGUUCGGCGCGCCCAUCGGCGGCGUCUUGUUUGCAUUAGAGGAAGGCGCGUCGUUCUGGCACCAAAACCUGACGUGGCGGACGUUCUUUUGCUCCAUGGUAAGUGCGUUCGUGCUCAACUUGUGGAGCGCAUUCCAAAACCAAGACUAUGGCACGGGCGGUGAAAAGUGGGGCCACCUCGGCAACCAGACGGGCACACUCAGCUUUGGUUCGUUCGACGCCGAGAACAAAUCGUACGCGAUAUGGGACGUCCCGAUCUUCCUCGCCAUCGGCAUGGUCGGCGGGCUCCUCGGCGCACUCUUUAACCAAGCCAACACGUACCUGUCGCUGUUUCGCCGCGCGACACCGGCGCUGUCACAUAAAUACGGCCGGUUCCUGGAAAGCCUCGGCAUCUGCCUUGUCAUGUCGAUCACGUCGUUCUGGCUCCCCGUUGCGUUUGGCACGUGCUUGCCCAAAAGCGGACCGUAUGCCGACCAUCUGGUCCAGUUUUACUGUCCGGCGGGGCACUACAAUGACCUGGCGUCGCUGUACACGGUCACGGGCGCACGGUCCAUCAUGCAGCUGCUCCACCACACGGACGACGUGAGCUUUACCUUUGUCACGUUGGUCGUGUUCUUCGCCUCGUUUAGCGUCCUGGCGUGCUGGACCUACGGCAUCGCCGUGCCCAGCGGUCUGUUUGUGCCGAGUCUACUGGCGGGAGCUGCGUACGGCCGUCUCUGGGUCCACGCGCUCGUGUACUUUCACAUCCCACACACUGCCCCCGUCGGCAUGUUUGCACUCAUCGGCGCCGCGUCCAUGCUGGGGGGGAUGGCGCGUAUGACGAUUUCACUGACAGUCAUCAUCUUGGAAUGCACCGGCGUGAUUGAAUGGGGGUUGCCCAUCAUGGUGUGUCUCAUGGCAGCUCGUUGGGUGGGCAACAGUUUCAACCACGGUCUGUACGACAUCCACAUCCACUUGAGGCACCUGCCGUUCCUCGAGUUUGACCCGCCAUUCUACGCGCGGUACCUUCGCGUGUACAAUAUCAUGGGGUCGAACGUGAUUCAGUUGGCGCAUGUGGCCAAGGCCGGCGACAUCUUUGACAUGCUCAAACGAACGUGCCACUCUGGGUUUCCCGUCGUGAACGAACUCGACAAGUUCUGCGGCAUCAUCCAGCGCAAACAUUUGUGUGUGAUGCUCCAGCGCAAAGACUUUUCGCUCAAUAAGCCCGACCCGUACACCCGCAAACCCGCGGGAGAAGAGUCGUUCUUGUACAACGAACAGUAUGCGCUGUCGUACCGUGAUAUUGAGUCAACGUAUCCGCGGUACCCGAGCAUCACCGACAUCCGGCUGGAUUCGACGGAACGGGACCUGUGGAUGGACCUGACGCCGUACAUGAACCCGACGCCCCACACGAUUCAGGACCAGACCCCCGUGCCCCGCGCGUUUCGGCUGUUUCGGUCGCUUGGGCUCCGUCAUUUGGUACACGAGUCUUCUUGUGCCAUCGUUCAAAGUACUUGUUAUUGUUGUAGGUGGUGCUGAACCGGCACAACCAAGUGAAAGGGAUCGUGUCACGCAAAGACUUGACCCCAGAGCACUUGAAAGCGAGCCUGGAUCACCUGAGCGAGUCGGAGAAGCUCGUGAUCCAGGGCUACUUUACUCGGUAUAGCCACCACUCGGAAGCCAUCGACAAAACCAUGCUCCGCCUCUCCCGGGUGUCCGACACGGCGUAACUAACAAUAGUGAAUCAAUGACACUUGUGUCGCACAUUUUAUAGCAAAAUGGUCGUGGAAAACGAA